AUGGCUGAUCGAAGUCGUGCGCCAAUUAUUGGCUUGGGAGUUCUACUCAUUGCAUUUGCAAUGAAAGAUUUUUUUCUCCCGGCUGAUGUGCAGCCAGAAGAAAAUUCGGUGCAAUCUAAAGAAAUUCCAAGCUUGCAUUUUAAUCGAUUCGCUGGGCCUUCAAUAAAGUUCACCUUUUGUUCUUCCUGAGGUUACCGCAAGGUAUUUGAGCAGUAUGCUGUAAUUCUGCAACAGAAAUACCCAUCUUUGGCAAUCGAAGGAGAGAACCAUCCUCCACCCUAUUUAAACCAAAAGAUUGCAUCUAUUUUGGGAAUUUUGAAAAUACUGCUCAUCCUUGUAGUGGUGUCGGGAACCAAUAUUUUUGAGCAUUUAGGUGUGCAAACUCCCUCAGUUUGGGAGUGGACUCAGCAGAACAAAUUUUAUGCGUGCUUGAUGACUUUCUUUCUAUGCAAUGCUGUUGAGGGCCAAUUAAUUUCAACUGGAGCAUUUGAAAUCACAUUAAAUGAUGUUCCACUUUGGUCUAAAAUGGAAACUGGUAGAGUUCCUCAACCCCCUGAACUUUUUCAGAUGAUUGAUAACCAUCUGAAUAUGGCUAGCCCCCAACUAAGCUUGGAUUCAUAAUGUGUGCUGUGUGGUGUGGUGUUAAUUGUUACAUCUUGUUUGAGUCUAUAGCCUUUGUAGAUAUGAUGAUUCCUUUAAAAAGUAGUGGAAACUACUGGAAGCGAUCGGAUGUUUACCUACACAAGUGCUUUGUAUAAGAACAUGAAUGACAAUCUAACACUUUUUCCCCCAUCCUCCAUUCUUCAUUCCAUUUUAGUAAAUAAAAACCUCUAGUCUAUGGA